UGUUUGCUCCCUUGCUCGCAUUGCCGUUGCCUAUGGACACCAUCUCCACAUACAUAUUACCCUAAUUGUCCUCCCACCUCCGCAUUAUUAUCCCUUCAAGCCUCCUAUAUGCGAAUCGAAUGAGCUCAACUGUGGCGAAUUCACUCCAAAAGCACGACAUUUGACCGAAGAUGGCAGGGAUUCACAAGCGAUUCGAGUUGCCCGCACAGCGGGCGAACAAAGAAUUCGAAUGGCUCGAACCCUCCUACGAUGAUGUCUUUGACCAAUAUAUCAAUGCAGACCUCUUUGGAGCGACAGACGAGAAUUCAUUCGCUGGACCAAGUUCAGAGGAGUUUUCGAAGUUGUUUAGCUCCACAGCCUUGACCAGCGACCAGUCACCACCGAAUUUAUCGUCGCCGUACUUCGCAAGUACCUUACCCCACUGGCCGCAUAACGAGUAUGCCGAACUUGGGGCAGCCUCGCCUCAAUUUAAUGCAUCCCAUCAGCCUAUCUACCCGAAAUCUAUAGGACGCGGCUCUCUAUCGACGUCUGAUAUUCCAUUCAGCCUUAAGAGCAACAACCUUCAAAAGGCAGAGCCCGCCCACUUUGGAUCAACACCCUCCUCACCUUCCCUAACACAUUAUAAAAAUCAGUCCCGCCUCUCUUCUGCAAUUCGAUGUGCACUGCGGCAACAGAGUCGUGGAGCAGUCGAAAAGUCUCAGUGGAAGAAUUCCCCCAAGUCUCUCCAACCGCCCAAGAUGCUCUCGCCGAACCAUUACCGUCCUCGACAUCCCGAAACGUGGGCUGCCCGCAUUGAACAGGCGGUAGAUUCAUUCCCACAGGAUUUUCAGAACAGCCCGUCCUCGCCUGUACCAAAGGAGUUCCCUCGACUAUCGCGCCAGCAGUCGAGAACCCUCAGUGGACAAGCUAGCUUCGACCACCUGCUUUCGCCUUUAUCGACGACAUAUUCUCUGCCUUUACAAGGCCAAUCGACACCGGUGACCUCGCCAACUACCGACUCGAGCGAUUCUCGUCGAAUAUCGACUCAGGUAUCCCCGACUUCAUUGUAUGAGAAUGCCGCUCAGAACUCCCUGCAAACACCACCACAGACGAAAUCGAUCCCAAUAUCUCCUUGGACCUCUGCUCCAACUUUCGAUUCCAACUUCGGCUUUCCAAACUCGAAUGCUUUCUCGAUGGACAAGGCUGGAAGUUCAAAUUUGCAUUGGUGGGAAGCAGUUAGCGCCGGACACCCAAGCAGCCAAUCAGGGCCGAUGGUAUCUGCCCCAUCGCAUCUAUUCGACGACACUGCCUCCACCAGCCUUGCGACACAGGGUCUGAUGAUACAAUGCGAACCGCCGGCCUCUUUGGGAAUCGACAGUCUUCUGCAGCAGUCGCUGCCCAGGCAAAACUCACCGGCCACGUUGCAUCAAAUCCAAACCGCGUCCUUCCCUGCCUCGCCUCUCGCCCUCAACGGCUCGACUCCGUAUCUGCGGCACCCGCCCAACCGAAUGCGUGCACAUGGGCAACGUACCGGAGGUGUCGGCAGUUCUAGCGGAGCCCAUGAUCUCUCCCCGGCGUCCUCCCGACAGCCGCGUGCCACCACCCGAGAAGGUUCUGCCUCUCCGCCUCGUCCCCGCCGCGCUUCCACGAGGCCGCCUGGUGCGGGGACGCAGCGUCGAAAGAGCGGCCACGGGCAAGGCCACGGGCAGAGCAAGAGCAUGUGCAACGGAGCGGGGGGAUCAUGGUUUGUGAAUUUCACGCCUGACGACAGCAGCAAGAUAUUGAACGGGGUGGCUCCGUCAGGAUCAUCGAAGACGAAGGCAAGGCGGGAGAAAGAGGCGGCGGAUAGGCGGAAGAAGCUCAGUCAGGCAGCGGCCAAGCUGGUUAUGGCGGCUGGGGGGGAUCUGGACGCGUUGGAGAAGGAGGGAUUGCUAGCUCCUUGAUGCGCGGUAGCAAUUUUGUUUCGGGCAUGGUUAGUUCAUUUGAGGACGGGUUAGCGCUGGGUGGUGAUUUGAGUUGAUCGAUACCAACACAGCAAGUACUACCUGAGAAUAACUUUGAAUCAAAAGAAGACUCUCUCAAACUAUCUCUAUUCGCUGAUUGGAACUAUAUUGUGGAUGCACGUGAUCCUCAUCAUUCGAAUAUCGAGCAGAGCUCAAUGGAAUUCUUCAGUAAAUCCAGUGCAUCCCUCCCGAGACUCUUCGCGACGAGAUUCUACCCUACGUAUGCUCGUAUAAAUGUAUUCAGAAACUAGAUCCAUGUAAGCUGAUGCAUUUUCUAGACGUCACAUGGGUUACAUACACCAUCCGCCACUGUUCA